AUGGCGUCCCUCGGUAUGACCACCCAAUGGACCAUACUCUUGCUGCUAGUCCCGGCCGUUGUAGCGACGUCUGACGUGCACCAUACGAUGGAUCUGAUGUUGCGCAAGACGGCGAGGCUGGCGAAGCGGCAGAGCAGGAAUAUGACCAUCCCGCUAGGUGAUUACUUCAAUGGCACGGAUCUGCAGUGGUUCGGGAACAUUACGGUCGGCACGCCCCCGCAGACGUUCAGCGUUGUUUUUGACACCGGCAGCGGCGGGCUCGAGAUCCCAAGCACGGCGUGCGGCGCCGCAUGCGCAAAACAGCGCCAGUUCGACGCGUCGGCAUCGUCCACUUUCGUCGAUUUGGGCACGACGUCCACGGAGGUGUUCGGAACAUGCAUCGGCGUCACGCCCGUCGUCGGCAGCGACUGCUCCCUGACGUUGCGCGCGGUGGCGGAUACCGUGUCAGUCGCCGGGAUCGACGUCAGCCUUGCAGGCUUUAGCUUGAUCACGAAUCAGACGGCGGGGUUCACAGACGAUCCGUUCGAUGGAAUCCUAGGCUUACCUACCUCCGGAGACUUCGCCACCACGCUCCCAUCAGGUUCUCAGUUCUUUACUUUCUUCCUGACGCCUGCAACCGAAGGUCACGCCGCGCUCACCUUCGCUAGCAUCGACGAUACCAAGUUUACCGGCUCGCUCACCUUCGCCCCGCUCGCGACGCCGGCCAGCAGCGCCUGGCGCCUCUCCUCCUCGGGCAUCUUCGUGAACGGACAGACCGCCCCGCAGCUGAAUGCCGAGCGCACGGUCAUCUUCGAUACGGGCACGUCGAACGUCCUCUUGGACAACGCGACCGCGACGGCGAUACAUUCGCUGAUCUCGCCGGAUAUCAAGCCGUUCGCACCGCUCCCGGGCACGUUCGGCAUCCCGUGCUCGGAGGUAGCGGGGCUGCCAGCGAACAUCGAUAUCGCGUUCACGGACGAGGACGGGGCGCCGUUCAACUUGACGAUACCGAGCGAUGAGUUGUCGCUUGGCCCCUUCGAGCAGGACCCGACCAUUUGCCAGACGUUGAUCAACGUGUGA